AGAAACACACCCACAAUACUUUUUGGAAAUUGUGAAUGCGCUUUAAAUUUGUUUUCAUCUCUAGAGGUGAAUAGUAAAUCCCGAGAACUAACUGAAUUGGUUGUUUGUUGAAAGAAUACACCGCGCUGACGAUUUUAUGGUGACCGAGAAAUUAUCCAUGGCGACGACAGAAGAUUACGAGAUUGAAGAGAAAAAACAAGCUGCUGCUGAUGUACUAUUCCAAUAUUCAAAGUUUGUGAUGGCUUGUAUUGGGAAUCAAGCUCGACCUUGUGACUUGAGAUUGCAUUUGAUGAAGGAGAUUUCUGGGUUGCCAACUACUCUGAAGAGAGACUCACCUUCUCAAGGAACAGCUUCUCCUGAUGCGAUGGGUGAGUCUUCAAGCUCAGGCACAGGUAAAGUGGAAAACACCGACAGUUUUCGGCUACAAUAGUUUAAAGAUGAGUUGUGAUCUUCUUGAUUCUUGUCUGAACCUGAUCACACUCUAGGCUAUUGAACUUAAAGUAGGUUAGUCCAUGGAUUAUGUGAGAUCUUUAAGCAUUAAGAUAAGAUUUUCCUGUUGAAGAAUGUAUGAACUUAUAAUCAAACAAAUGUAACUGUUCGACUAGCUAAACAGUGGUUAUUGCGCAUACUUAGUCAUUAAAGUAAAAUAAGGUGCAUUUAACAUAAAGGCUAAAGUAGCAGAAACACCUCACAGAAUGCUUUUGUUCGUAUGUGACUGCAAAACUUUUUUGUUUUGUUUCCUAGUUGAGCUACAUGACUAGGUGGUUUGUACAAUGAAAUGAAUUGGAUGCUUCACCUUUUCCUCCUCUUAUUGUUAAUCCACAUCUCUGGUUGAAAGUUUUGUUAUGCCAUACAAAGAGGAGAAAGAUUACUAUCAUUCAAUAAUUAACAAUUAUGGUGUCCAUAAAGAAAAGAAGAAGAAAUUAAUUAUCUUUUCAGGAUAUAGGCAAAUAUAUUUCCACUUUUUGCUUGAACAAUAGAUACAUAUGAAUUACAGAAGGGAAUUUACCAAUAGUAUCUAUUAAUUAAUUUUAUGUUUGUGUUUGUGGUUGCCCUUCAAAUUCAAAAUCUGAUAACUUCAAGCUUCUGUAAUUUAAACAUCAAUUCUCAAGCCCGAGAACAAUUGCAAUUGCAUCUAUUGCUGCUAUUGCAGCUGCCCUCUUUAUCUCUUUUCAGCUUGAAGCAAUUAAGAGCAUGGGACUUCUCUUUCUUUGUUUACAAGUUGCAGCAGGGGGUUUAGGUGGUUGUUGACAGGGCUAAGUUACUGUGAGCUGAAGAUUCAGUUCUAGACUCUUUUCUCUUUCUGCAUUUGACUGGUUAUUGCACCUAAAUCUUUUAGCACCCUCAUUCAUAACAAUUGCUUCUGGAUUUUUGUUGGUGAGUCGAGGGAUCAAUACUUCACUUGCAUAGCUUCGUUUUUAUAGUAGAUAUUGAUUUCAUUAUCUGUUCUUCUGGAAAACCUUCUUGCUAAAACAGACCAAUUUAACAAGAACACAAACAAAAUCCUGUUUGAUCUUCUUUGUCAAAAUUAAAUAAUGAGAAUCAAUAAAACUUUGUUUGUUGCUUACCUGUUACCAACAAUAGUGAGUAGUUUAAACUUAAUAAUAAUUUCAUCUUCUUCAUUGAAAUUACCACACUU